AUGGCAGGCGGCCGCAAGUCCAAACCUCCCCCGCCUCCUCCCCGCCCUUCGACGACUCUCGUGCUCGACAAUGGCGCCGACACCCUCAAGGCCGGGCUCGUGACUGGUGGCCGCAUCAACGAGCCCGAGAUCAUCCCCAACUGCAUAGCCCGCGACCGCCUUAAGAAGAUCUAUGUCGCUUCCGAGCUUAGCCAGUGCCGUGACUUUAGCGAAAUCCAGUUCCGCCGACCCGUCGAUCGAGGCUUCAUCGUCAACUGGGAAGCUCAGAAGGAAAUCUGGGAUCGGGUGAUCCUCGACGACAAAUCCUCCCUGAAAUGCGACCCCGCCGAGACUCGCCUUUUGCUCGCCGAGCACCCUAACGGCUUGCCCGUCUUGCAGUCGAACUGUGAUCAGAUUGUGUUCGAGGAAUACGGCUUCGCAAGCUACUAUCGUGGAAUAGGCUCUACUUUCAACGCUUACCACGAUAUCCAGGGUCUCUUCCGAACUGCCAGAGAUGCCGCGACGGUAGCCAACACCCCCGCCGAGAUCCUCCUCGUGGUGGACUCUGGCUACUCGCAUACCACCGUCACUCCAGUUCUACGGGGACGCCCCCUCCACUCCGCGAUCCGAAGACUAGACGUGGGCGGAAAGCUUCUUACCAACUACAUGACUCGAUUACUAUCUCUACGACACUUCGACAUGCGAAACGAUACCUACAUUGUCAACGAGUUGAAGGAGGCGGCAUGCUACGUAUCUACAGACUUCAAGGGCGACCUCGAGAAGUCCUGGAAGGGAACCCGUGGCGAGAGGCGCGAACCCUUCGUGGCGGGCGUCACUGCCAAGGACUACGUCCUACCCGACUUCGGCUCCCGCGCCAAGGGAGAGCUCCGCGACUACGACCCUGCGCGACACUCGAAAUCGAGACGGGCGGCCGGUCCGCAGCCGGACGAAGACAUCCUCACGCUACGAAACGAACGAUUCGCCGUCCCCGAACUGAUAUUCAACCCCGCCGACAUGGGCAUGCGCCAGCCUGGUCUCGCCGAUCUGAUCCAGGAGUCCCUGCACGCCCUCCCCAUCGGGCUAUGGCCAGGGCUUCUCGCCAACAUCACCGUCGUCGGAGGCAACGUCCAUCUGGAGGGCUUUAUCCAGCGACUGCAGAAGGAGGUUGUCCAGCGGUUCCCCGAUGACUGUGUCGUGCGUGUCGCGAGGCCAGCCGACCCCAUCACUAGUACCUGGCAGGGCGGCGCCAACUUAGCGAACCACCGUAAUAUCGAGAAGCUCGAAGUAACGAAGAAGGAAUAUGAGGAGUAUGGUGCGGGAUGGGUCGCUCGGAAGUUUGCAAAAGGUCUUGGCUCGGACUGA